UCGAAAUAAACCCUAACCCUAGCAAAAACCCACAACACAGAAUCAGGAGAGAGAGAGAGAGAGAGAGAUGACGCAGAAAGCAAAGCUAUUCAAAGGCCAACAGAAGAAGAAAUCAAUCCCGCCAAACCGCCAUGGCAAACUCCCUCAAACCCGCAAAGGGAAGAGAAAUGUGAAGCCGUCAAAAAUGACCAAGGAGAUGGAUGCUGAUCGGGAGCUUAGCAAGUUCAUUAAUCACUGCAAUGAGGUGAAAGCAGCCACUGCUGCUAACAAGGAAGGUGGCCAACUAAGUAUUGUCAAGCCAUCGCCAGAGUCGACUGCUGGUGAGAAGAAAUAGUAGAUUAUGGAUGUAAAGAGUGAUAGAUUGUCUUACUUAACAAAAAAAAAAAAAAAUGAUAGAUUGUCUUACUUAUCAAAAAAAAAAAAAAAAGAGUGAUAGAUUGUCUUGAAAGGUGAUGUUAAUCAGCCCUCAUGUUGCAAUAUCAUUUUUCAUUCCGCUGUUCAUGUUGCUUGUAUCAUAAGAGGAAUGCCUUGGUGAUAUAAUAUUUUUAGCUUGUUUAGCUUCGUGGACUGAAUUUGUUAGAAAUGCAGAGGUCUUGCAGUUUUUGAGAUU